AUGUCGUCAAGCAAUUCAGACAAAGAGGCGCACAGAUCGAGCACCCAUCCACGGAUAGUCUGUGGCGCUGUGCCAAUCGACUACGACUCCAAACAGAUACUGCUCAUUUCCUCAAGGAAACACCAGGGCAAUUGGGUACUCCCAAAGGGCGGAUAUGAGCUAUCUGAUGUGCGCCUGGAAACGGCAGCGUCGAGAGAGGCUUAUGAGGAGGCCGGCGUGAUUGGUCAAGUGAGGAAUUUGAUUCUAUCAAUCGACGACAAGCGGCCGAUAAAAACGCUGUCUGAUAGUGAUCCUUUUAUACCCAGAGCGCGUUACCACUUCUUCGAAAUAUCAGUUGAAGAUCUAAACAACACGUGGCCGGAAUCUAAGGAGCGUGAAAGGUGUUGGUUUUCAUUGAGCGAUGCGCUGCAUAGAGUCAGCUGGAGGGACGAGCAGAGGGCUGCACUUCUCGCGUGUAGCUUGAACCCGCCAUCAAGUUAG